AGCCCCCACCCCGCUGGAGCCAUGGAGGAAGGGGAUUACACAGCUUGAGGAAGCCAGGGGUCAGGGGCGCAUGGCCCCAGCUCUGGGCACAGCCCCACCAUGGGUCGGGGGCUCACAGCCCCCACUCCAGCCCCGCUGCAAGCUGUGGGCGCAGGGCCCCAGCCACAGCCCUGCCGCUUACCUGGGAGACAGUUCCCACCCACUGGGAAGCACCUGGCAGGUUCCUCUGGCUCCUAAGGUCAGCGACGGCCAGAGGGGUCUCCACUCCACAUGCUCCACCUGCCACAAGCACCGGUUUCAGCUUCCAUUGGCUGGACGCUGUGGGGCGGGACUUACUUGGGGGCGUGAGUAUCACACAGCGCCUCAGGGUAGGAGCAACCAGGGGGAUCUGUGCUCUGUCCACGCCCGCAGCUCCCAUUCGCCGUGAUGGAGCCAUUCACCAUGAUAGAGCCAGCGCUUGUGAAUAAAGGUUCACUUCAGUUUGAAGACAAAUGGGAUUUCAUGCGCCCCAUUGUUCUGAAGCUGUUACGCCAGGAAUCUGUCACAAAACAGCAGUGGUUUGAUCUGUUUUCGGAUGUGCAUGCAGUUUGCUUGUGGGAUGACAAAGGUCCAGCAAAAAUCCAUCAAGCUUUGAAAGAAGACAUCCUUGAUUUUAUUAAACAAGCACAGGCAAGAGUACUGAGUCAUCAAGAUGAUACAGCUUUACUAAAAGCAUACAUAGUAGAAUGGCGCAAAUUCUUUACACAAUGUGAUAUCUUGCCCAAACCAUUUUGUCAACUAGAAAUUACUUUAAUGGGUAAGCAGGGCAGCAACAAGAAAUCCAAUGUGGAAGACAGUAUUGUGCGAAAGCUCAUGCUAGAUACUUGGAAUGAGUCCAUAUUUUCAAAUAUAAAGAAUCGACUUCAGGACAGUGCAAUGAAGCUGGUCCAUGCCGAAAGACUAGGAGAAGCUUUUGACUCUCAACUUGUUAUUGGAGUUAGAGAAUCAUAUGUUAACCUUUGUUCUAAUCCUGAAGAUAAACUUCAGAUUUAUCGGGAUAACUUUGAGAAGGCAUAUUUGGAUUCAACAGAGAGAUUUUAUAGAACACAAGCCCCUUCUUAUUUACAACAAAAUGGAGUACAGAAUUAUAUGAAAUAUGCAGACGCUAAAUUAAAGGAAGAAGAGAAAAGAGCAUUAAGGUAUCUAGAGACAAGGCGCGAAUGUAACUCUGUAGAAGCGCUUAUGGAGUGCUGUGUGAAUGCUCUGGUGACAUCAUUUAAAGAAACUAUUUUAGCUGAAUGCCAAGGCAUGAUCAAACGAAAUGAAACAGAAAAGUUGCAUCUAAUGUUUUCACUGAUGGAUAAAGUUCCUAAUGGAAUAGAGCCUAUGUUAAAAGACUUGGAAGAGCAUAUUGUUAGUGCUGGACUAGCAGAUAUGGUAGCAGCUGCUGAAACUAUUACUACUGAUUCUGAGAAAUAUGUAGAGCAGUUGCUUACAUUAUUUAAUCGAUUUAGUAAGCUGGUUAAAGAAGCUUUUCAAGAUGACCCGAGGUUUCUUACUGCAAGAGAUAAGGCAUAUAAGGCAGUUGUGAAUGAUGCUACGAUAUUUAAACUUGAAUUGCCAUUGAAGCAGAAAGGGGUUGGAUUGAAAACCCAGCCUGAGUCCAAAUGCCCUGAACUGCUUGCUAAUUACUGUGACAUGCUAUUAAGAAAAACACCACUAAGCAAAAAAUUAACCUCUGAAGAAAUUGAAGCAAAGCUUAAGGAAGUGCUUUUGGUACUUAAAUAUGUACAGAAUAAGGAUGUGUUCAUGCGAUACCACAAAGCUCACUUAACAAGACGUCUGAUACUAGAUAUAUCAGCGGAUAGUGAAAUUGAAGAGAAUAUGGUGGAAUGGCUGAGAGAAGUAGGUAUGCCAGCAGACUAUGUAAACAAGUUGGCCAGGAUGUUCCAGGAUAUCAAAGUAUCUGAAGACUUGAACCAGGCCUUCAAAGAAAUGCACAAAAAUAAUAAAUUGGCCCUACCAGCUGAUUCUGUGAAUAUUAAAAUUUUAAAUGCUGGUGCCUGGUCUCGAAGUUCUGAAAAAGUGUUUGUAUCGCUACCCACGGAAUUAGAAGACCUUAUCCCAGAGGUAGAAGAGUUCUACAAAAAGAAUCACAGUGGCAGAAAACUGCACUGGCAUCAUCUCAUGUCCAAUGGAAUUAUAACAUUUAAGAAUGAGGUUGGCCAGUAUGACUUAGAGGUAACAACGUUUCAGCUGGCUGUACUGUUUGCAUGGAACCAAAGACCCAGAGAAAAAAUCAGCUUUGAAAAUCUUAAACUGGCAACUGAGCUCCCUGAUGCAGAACUUAGGAGGACUUUAUGGUCUCUUGUAGCAUUUCCAAAGCUGAAACGUCAGGUUUUAUUGUAUGAACCUCAAGUUAAUUCGCCCAAAGACUUUACAGAAGGAACUCUCUUCUCAGUGAACCAGGAGUUCAGUUUAAUAAAAAAUGCUAAAGUUCAGAAAAGGGGUAAGAUAAACUUGAUUGGCCGGUUGCAACUCACUACAGAAAGAAUGCGAGAAGAGGAGAAUGAAGGAAUUGUCCAGCUAAGAAUAUUACGAACCCAGGAGGCUAUUAUCCAAAUAAUGAAAAUGCGGAAGAAAAUUACUAAUGCUCAGCUUCAGACUGAACUGGUAGAAAUAUUGAAAAACAUGUUCUUGCCACAAAAGAAAAUGAUAAAAGAGCAAAUUGAAUGGCUUAUAGAGCACAAAUAUAUCAGAAGAGAUGAAUCGGAUAUCAACACCUUCAUAUACAUGGCAUAAUUUGAAGACUGUAAGAUGCCAAGAACACAAAUUGAAGGGUGCUUGGGCAGACAGCUGCAACAGUUUUUUGUGCUGGAGAAGGACUUAUUUUGACUUUCAUUACAUAUUAAAAUCCCUGCCUUAUCUUACAAGAGGACUAUAUUUUGCCAAUCUCAUUCAGCUAGCAUGAUGGCAUUCCCUUCAUGUUGCACACUUUAACAGCAUGCUGUUUUGUGGGAAACUUGCAUUCAUGAAGAGCCCAUUGUGAGCUUUUUAAAGUAGAUUUGAUUUACACCCACCAAGAAGAAUACAGGUUUGGGUUUUUAGAUGAACAGUACUUGCACACAAAAAAAGACCUUCAAAUACUCAUGCACUGAGGAACUGCUAUUAAGUUUGUUUUUGUUUUUGUUUUUAAAUGCAAUUAGGACUAGAAGUAGCACUUUCACUUUGUGUUUUGGAUCAACAGAGUAAAUGUAUUGUCCACCUUUGGUGAUCCUUUUUAUGUAUAACAUUUGAGAGAGACACAGAUGCAUCACAACAGAUAUGUAUUUGUUACAGUAACAACCUGUUGGCUCAAGCAGUGCUUCAAUAUAGUAACUGGAUUUUAAUAUUGACAUACAAGUGACAUAAAAGUAUUUCCAACUUGUGGAUGUUGUUUUUCCUUAAGCAGGAGAUCACUGUUUUAUAUUGUUUGCUGUAAACAUAUGGAUAUACAUUGCUUAUUUUAUCUGAGCAAAUGGUUUAUUACAAUCCUUUUGAAAGGUGAAGCUUUCUUCCCCAUAUCUGUUUCAUGGCUGCGUCUGUUAUAAUGAACAGAAAUAUUAAGUGUAUUCCCUUGUACAUUUAAUAUUUGUAUUCCAUAUGUUUGAAUAUAACUCCAUAAAUCUGAAGGCAUUAAAAAGUAACUGAUCCACAAGUCCCUUAUGAGAAGAAAACCCUUUGCAAUUUCUGUACACAUACAGUAGCAUCAUAUCCAGGUAUUCCAAUGGCUUUAUGUUUUAGGGUUUAGACGCUUAGUUGCCUAAAAGUCAAUCUCCUUUAAAAUAAAUAAAUCCAUAAAGCAGCUACUGCCUAUUGAUUUUGAAGCGAGCAGGAGAUAACGGAAGUAGCUAAAGGAGACCUGCAAAGGUUUAAGGAAGAAAAAACUCCCAGUUCUUGUGUGUGAAGAGAAAUUGUCAAAAUUCCUGAUGUGUAUUUGGCAAAUUUUAAAUGUUACAUCUUCCUUCAGCCAUGUUAAGUAGCCUCUUGGUAAUAGCUAACUCCCCCUCAAAUGUUGAAGUGUUUAUUCGACUGAUGACAUCAGUACUGCUGGAGCAGAGAAUCUGCCUUGGAGGGGUGGAGGGUGGAAGGUAAGUCAGCUUUUACUCAGUGUCAUGUGAAUACUCUUAGUUAGAUGCUAUCAGGCAGCCCUUCAAAAACUGCCCUGAAAAUUUACCAACCCAGGCACAGAAUCUACUUGUUUGCUUUUGAUGAUCAAUAAUGGAGGGUAAUCCCUUAAUGUUACACACUCUUCCAAAAAGAACCAACCUUUCCCUAGGUGAGUGGGGAACUGAAUUUUGCAUGGUUGCUGUAAUGCGUAAAAUAAGAGCAUCUUACAAAAAAAGAAAUUGUGAGGAUGGUCUUUUACUGCCUUAAGCCGACUGUGGGCUUGUUGACACUUAAAAUGCUGCUGCUGCAGCACUUCAGUGUAGACAUUGCCUACACCGUGGAGAGGGAUUCUACUGUUGGUGUAGGUAAUCCACCUCCCCGAGAGGCAGUAACUAGGUAGACAGAAGAAUUUUUCUGUCAACCUAGCUCUGUUUACAGUGGGGGUUAGAUUGGUAUAAUGUCUCUGAAGUGUGGAUUUUUCACACGCUGAGAGAUGUAGCUGUACUGAUGUGAACUCUUAGUGUAGACCAGGGCUGUGUGUCCUACCACUGAAGUAUGUUCCAGUGCUAGUUCCUUAGAACAGUGCAUAUUUGACAUCUUGCUGAAUAAGACAUCUUCAGUUCCAGGAAGGCUUUAUGGACAUGCAAGAGAGCAAGAAAACCUGAUAUGUGGCAAUAUAAAACUCUGAAAUCUCACUGCAUAUAUUUAUAUGCCUUUAUUGAUGCUUAUAAAUGAGCGAAUACUGUGAAAACGUAUUUCAACUUUAAGGUAGCAUGGAAACGUCAGAUUCUUAGCCCUAAAAUGUUGCUAUUCAGAAUUAAAAGUAAAUGGUGCUCUCUGUAUUUUGCCAGUAAUACACAUGCCAACAUUUUAAAUUUAGAAAACUAAAAUUAGUUUGUUCUAAGAAUAGAAAUCUUUUUGUAUGGUGCCACAAGAUUUUCAGCAUUUGUAACUUGAUAUUAAGAGUAAUAAAUGCUCAUUUGGGAAUAAUUGGGAAAUGGCGAACAAGCCAGAAUUUUAAAAUAAUUCUAUUAUGAUGAUCUGAGCACUUAUUUUGAAUAUGUAACGGUUUACAACAUUAAAUCAGAGAAUAGUAGCCAUGAAGUAUUGUCUCACACAAGCAAGUUAAAUAUAAAAGUGGGCAAUACUAAUUUCUAAGCCCUAACCAAAAUCUAGGAGACAACUUUGAGAUUGACUUUCAUAAACAAUUAUGUCCCAGUUCAUUUUGCAUCCAGACAGCAACUGACUUUUAAAUGCUAGUUAUUUACAUUUCUCCCUUCCCCACCCACUGGCAUAUACUAAAAUUAUAGCCUGUAAGUUAUCUAAACAUACUUCAUUAUUUGGAUGAGGGGAAUUUAUAAUUAACAGCAUGUCUAUAACAUUGCUACAUUUUCCUUCGGUUUAUAUUUAAAAAUAGAUGUUAUGUUUAAAAAAAGAAAAAAAACUUGAAUCUGAGAAUCACACCAGCAACUUCCUAAAGAUGCAGAAUCACAUUUAGCAUCCUUCAUCAGGUUACUUUCACAAACAUGCAUUUAAAGCUAAUAUUAUCUGAGGAAUAGGUAGAUACUUGCAGUAAAGUGUUUUGGGGGUGGGAGGAAUUCCGAUCUAAAUAAAAAAGAUUCUUCACUUGCAAUAUGGCAACAAUGCACUUUUAAAGCUGAAGUUUAGCAGACUAUACAUCUCCAAAGACCUAGCUUAAAGAGGUGCUGCAUCUGAAACACAUGGUGCCCCUCAUGGUGUCACAGUGAAUAGGUAUGGAGUAAAACUGAUGACGGAAGCGAAAAUACAGUUUAUCACAUUCUUAAUGUCUCAUUGAAUUAAGAAACCAUUGUUAAAUCCUCCUCUGUCCCAAUAACUUAAUGAAGAUCUCCGUUUUAAUUCUGAAGUCUUCCAUUUUUAUCUUUCCACUGUUUGUGUCCAUAGCUUCUGUUUAGUCACCUAAUUCUCUUGCACUUGUUUUGAGCAUAAUACAAUUACAUUUCAAAAACACAACAAAUGGUGGCUUUCUUGUUUUCACCGAUCCUUAAAUGUGUAAUAUGUUCUGAAUAGUCAGCAUUUUACAUUUAUUUGCAUUGGGAUGUCAUCCUGUAAGAUGCAAAUUUUAAAAACACAAUGGGGUGAAAGAUUUGAUAGUUUUACCGAAAGAUUUGCUGUCUUAAACUCAAAACAGUUUUCUAUUUUCAUCUAAAUGAUUGGGAUGCUAUCUUUGUAAAUUCUUCAAGGUCAUAUGAAAUAUUCUUUGUGAAAUAAACAAUACAUGAAAGCUUUCCUGUCAUAUACACUAUAUGUAGUCUGGUGUGUUGAGCAAGCUUGAGUUCCUAGGUUGUAAUAUCUAUCUACAUAUGGUAUUUACAAUUUUGAAUGUGUGCCACUACAUACUGAGAUGAUAAUGCUGUACAAUUUUGAAUGGUAGCAGUUUCUUUAUGGCAGUCCGGCUGAACUAUUUUGAUGUACUGCUUAAUUUUUGAAUUUUAUUUUUUAAGUUGUAUAAUUUAUUUUCUUGCAAAAUAAAAAUGUAAUAUAAAAGACUA